CUGAAGCAUUUUUUUUUUUUUUUUUUUUUAACCCACUUUACCCAUUUUCAUAAUCUGAAGCAACAUCGAUUUCCGUUCCCUCAAAAUUCAAAAUAAACAUGGAAUUGGAAUCUCGAAAAUUGGUGGCUUUGCUUUCUUCACUAAUCUCACAGCUUAUGCUUCUCCUUCUCCUCAUUUUCCCUUCCAAUUCUUCUAUUUCCAAUUCCAAUUCCAAUUCUAAUUCCAAUUCCGAUUCUGUUAUCCCUCUCAUCCACCACUUCCUCUUCUCUCACCAAGUCGCUGUCACCCUCUCCCGCAAACGCAAACGCAAACGCGAACCCGAUUCCGACAAAGAUGACCCGUUUGUAACCGGGCUUCCAACUCGGAGCCCCGACUCGUUCCGUAACUGCUUCAUGAUGACGUCUUCAACGUUCGAGUGGCUCGCCGGCCUCCUCGAGCCACUUUUGGAUUGCCGCGACCCCGCCGAGCUCUUCCCGCUUAACCUCACCGCCGGCGUUCGACUCGGCAUCGGACUCUUCCGCCUCGCCAACGGCUCUGACUACACCGAAAUCUCUAACCGAUUCGGCGUGUCCGUUUCUGUCGCCAGGUUCUGCGUGAAGCAGUUAUGCAGGGUUCUCUGCACCAACUUCCGGUUCUGGGUUUCGUUCCCGAACCAUAACGAGCUUGAGUCUGUGUCGAAAGGCUUCGAGGGUAUCUCCGGUUUGCCCAAUUGCUGCGGCGUCGUUGAAUGUUCGAGGUUCGGGGUGGUCAACGCCGCAACCUCAAACGAAGAAUGCGUGGCUGCACAGAUAGUGGUUGAUUCCUCGUGGCGAAUUUUGAGCAUCGUGGCUGGGUUUUUGGGCGAUAAGAGCAAUUCGAGGAUCUUAAAGGCGUCGACUUUGUUCAAGGACAUUGAAGGAGGGUUGUUGUUGAACGCUAAUCCUGUUAACUCUGUGAAUCAGUAUUUGAUUGGUGAUUCCGGGUACCCUUUGCUUCCUUGGUUGAUGGUUCCUUUUGUUGAGACAGUUCCUGGUUCUGUUGAGGGGAAUUUCAAUGCGGCUCAUGAUGCUAUGCGUCUUCCUGCUCUCAGAACUGUUGCUAGCUUGAAGAAUUGGGGUGUUUUGAAUCGACCUGUUUGUGAGGAACUCAAGAUGGCUGUGGCUUAUAUUGGUGCUUGUUCCAUUCUUCAUAAUAGUUUGUUGAUGAGGGAGGAUUUUUCUGCUUUGGCUGGUGGCUUUGAAGAUUAUUGCCAUCAAAACUAUACUAGUGAGUCUUGUAGAUUGGAGGAUGAUCAUGUCACGAGCAAGGCUUUGGUUAUGCGUAACACGUUGGCUUCAAUGGCAAAGAGAAUUCAUAAUUCAAAUUCUUAAUUGGGGUUGGGAAGCUAUUCAUUGACGAUGCUCCAAGAUGUACGCAAUUUUUCAGCUUCCUCUGUGGAUGGGAGAAUGUAAAUAAUACCUCUUGAGCAUUGUUUUUUUUUUUUAAUUGUUUUUAAUACUCAAUAAAUGGUUCUUUACUUUUGAUAUGCAUCUAUAAUAUCUCAGCUUCUUGAUUCAGAUGCGGAUAUUCGGAUGUUGAUCAGAAGUCUUUGGAUGUUAUACCUCUGGCUUUAAUUUGGAUGGACAUAAUUAGUGUUUUUGUGGUGCUUGAGAAUUGAAGAACCGAACAGUUAAAGGUUUGGUUAUUGAUGGUUUUAUGUUGGCUUUUGGUUGAUGAACAGUGAACUCAUUGCAUUCCCAGAGACAAUUGAACUUGUUUAUGUUGCCCUUAGUUCUGGUCUGACUUUCAUCAGGGUUUUCUUGUGGGGUGAUACCCGUAGGGCUUGAUGGAAUGUGUGAAUUUCAAUAUGCUAAAUACGUUAAGAAAAAAAAAAUUUGCUUUGCAAACUGCACCCAAAAAAUUAAUAGAAGUUGCAGUUAGAAAAGAUUUGGUCAUUUGAGGGUGAGUUAUGCAAAACUUGAUCCCUGUCGAUCAUUCGUGCCCAAAUUGACAUCUAGAUGAAUGGAAGGACAGGCAUGUGAUGCAUGGUUUUUUUAUCUAAAAUUAUAUUGCUUGGACCUACUAAACCAGUUUAUCAUUCAAACUCGAUGAUAUAUUUUUGUAACUACAUAUAAGGAGCAUUAAAAUCACAAUUCUCAGGAUCCCUUUGAUCCUUUUGUCUUUUGCUUAUUUAAAUCUCCAGGUAGUUGCAUGAUGCCUACUUGAUUAUUGUAUUGAUUGGUUAGAGUUGCUGCCUUUGUUGCCCUUGUAAAUGAUUCUUAGUGGUUGAAUAAUUUAUUGACAAACAAUUUUCUUAUAUUCUGUUGUCUUGUAUUUAGUUGGAAUUCCUUCAAUAAUUCUUUCUCAUUGACAUUCCUUCCCCCCUUCCCCAACCCUCUUUCCUUUUGGCACCCAUUGUUCUGACUAUAUAAUUGAUGACUUUACAACAGAGCAUCCUGGGCGACUUAAGUGCUUUAGACUCAACACAGACAAUGACAUGCGAAGUGCUGAAGACUCUGAAACUAAGGUUGUACCAGUGGUUUUGUUGUUUAAAAGUGGCUGGAAAUGUGACACUGUAUGUGGUGCCACUCUAAGUAGUUUUAUGUGGCUGCCAUUGAGAUUUGAGAGGGUGUUGAAGUUAAACAUGGAUCAGUGCAGAAAAGGUGCGGGACUGCUAAUGAUCCGCGUUCACUCUAUUUCUUCUUUGAAAUGUCAUGUUGAGGUACAAAGACUAUCACAGUUAAUUUGAUUGUUCUUCUGUUGCUUGAUUUGAACAGUAGCUGUUAUUCUGAAAGACCUUUUUGAUUACCAUAUAAGCUUCUUCCGCUAAUGAUCACAGCAUGACAUGAAUUCAUAUACGUUGGUAGUUGAUCUGUAAUCAAGAGUGUGUUUUACUGAUGUAAUAACAAAAUUAUCAUCAAAUUAUAAUUCUGAAAUCAGAGAAAAGGUAUUCAU